CCUUUCUUGUCAUUUUGGGUCUUCAUUUUGGGUCUUUUUUUAAAGGCUUUUUGGGACGAUCUUACAGGGCGUGGAUGAGACGAGGGAAAGGGGAGGAGGGGAAGCAUAUCUUUUGACUGUUGAAGAGAGAGAGAGGAUCUACAAAAUGAUGCAAAAGUACAUUCCACUUGCAACGGGAGUCAUGCUCCCGAUUGCAACGGCACUCAACACUCAGUCGCUGAUUGUCGCCGGCUGGCUGUACGAAGAAAAGCUAUCGCACGACUAUCCGUUCUAUGAAUCCUUGGUCCGCCCACAUAAACACCGUCUUGUUUACUACAAGCCCUCGGUCGUCUUCGUGCUCUCUGCGAUAUCCCUCGGCUUUGGCUUGCUGAGUGUCAUUACUCUCUUUGUGCGCAUGCUAGAGAAGAAGAUCAAAUGGUGCACACGACUAAUGAUAGCCGGGGCGGCUGGACAAGGAUUAUUUGCCUCAGCCGCAGUUAUUGCCUUCAUCAUCUGGAAAUCCCUAACAUAUGUGCAUGGGAAAUACACUGAAGGAUGUUUUUACAGCGCAAUAUCUGCCGCUAUGUCGAUAACGGUGGCUCUGCUAUCUGCAUAUCAUCAUCAUCUGAACCGCCGGCAACUCUAUUCCUAUACUCUCUAUGAACUCUCCCCUUCGCAACGCCAGUUGAUUCUGCUUCUGAUCACGUCCAUUAGUUAUACGUUCGCGAUGGGUGCUGCUUAUGCUGGCUUAGAAGGAUGGGAUUUUGACGAUGGUGUUUAUUGGUGUGUGUCAACACUCGCAACCAUCGGGUUCGGGGAUUUGGUGCCACAAUCCAUCACGGGUAAAGUGACCCUUCCCCUUGCGGCGUCCUGUGGGAUUGGUAUACUUGCUGCUAGCAUCUACGCGAUCCGGCAGGUUGCUCUUGAGCUUCUGACACAUCGACUGGCCAGCGAAUACUCAAGGUCGUUCGGAAUUGCCAAGGAAUAUGUGCCCACAGAGGACCAUUCACCCGAAGAAGGACGUCCCUUGUCGUCAUCGCCCAUUAUGCACCAGUCGUGGGACAUGUUUCCGCAGAGCGAAGGAUCAGUUUCGCGACGGCGAUCCAUCGGGGCCGCGCCCCAGACAAACCAGCGUUGCCGUCCUGCGGCUCCUCAAAGCAUACCAAGAUCUAGAGCAUCUGAACCACACGUGGCCUUUUCUGCACCGAACACUAACAUACUGCUGAAUACUGGCCACAGCGUCUAUGAGCCAACUCCCCACAGCAAUGAAAGGCCAUCAAACAUCAGAUACUCCGCACCUGCGGUGGCUGAAUCGUUUGGGCUACCCUUAGGUCGAUCGUUCACGACGUCUGUUCUCGAAGCUCGCACGAUGGUUAUUUCUCGGGGCGCCCAUCUGCCACAACUGACCAUUGUAGCUCCUGCGGAUGUGCGGCGUCGGCAGGUGGUUGAAGCUACUCGGAGGACCUUUCGCCAGCAGAUUACCUUUGCCAUUCUAGCUGUCAUAGCCAACAUGUCAGUUUUUGGAGGCGUCUUCUCCCUCUUUGAGGGUUGGCAUUUUUUUGAAGGUCUUUAUUUCACAUUCUGCGCUUUAACCACAAUAGGUUACGGAGAUUACACCUUGUCUACGGUGCAAAGCCGUUCCAUCUUCAUGUGGUUUCUUUAUAUUGGCAUUGGCAGCGUCACCUACAUGUUCUCAUUAAUGUCGGAGCGGGCUCUCGACCAGUGGACGGUGACGGUCAAUAAGAUUGAAAACAGAGUGGACCGAUAUGAACGCAAGGCAAAGUUAAAGAAGUUAUAUAAAAAUAAAGGGCUUACGCUGGGCGUGCGAAGACGUGCUCGAAAAGAGGAGAGUACAGAUCAAGAGAGCGAGCUACUUGGAGAGCGCGAGCCGGUUACACGUGCGCGGCAAUCUGAUGAUGAACACCCGCUUACCAGCGAAUCUGAGUUCUACCUCUCAGAUGCGCAAUCCCAAGAGCAUCUGCCUGCGGAGGCACCCGUUUGGGAAGGCAUAGGACGCCCAAGGGCAAGUCCUCAGCCGCUUGAGGCCGAGGAGACUUCUAAGGAAGUGGAAACACCUGAAGUAGCCGGCGAACUGGAAUUAGAGACGACACCGCUGCUCAGUCCCACAAUCGAACCCCCAGUCGUUGGGUCGGUUCGGAUUGAGCCGCCGUCCCCAUCGACCUUGUGGGGACGCUCGAGAGGGCCGCCUCUCCUUUAUCGUACCGGGACGGUGGAUUCAACCGCGAGUUCCUUACGGGGAGUCGUACGGUUGGAGGCUCCUGCCACCUCAUUGCCGCCGUCUGACAUUGGAAAUUAUCCUUCCUUCCGUCGGGUUGAAACCACACCAACUGGCACUGAAGGCCGACGUGGCACGGAGACUCGUUUCCUGAGUACUGGUGUGCCUAUAGAUCACUAUUCAACCGACGAAGAAGAGUUUGAAGUUACGGGCAGAUCCGUGAGGAUGUUCUCCGGGCGUAAAAGUCGUCGCUCCAGCAUUGUAUCAAGAAUAGUUCAACAACCUAUUUCAGCGGAUGCGGCCUUUGACCGAGAAGAAUUGAAUAUCUCCUGCCCAGACGAUGAGCGAGCAGCUGUAUAGAAGUCUAUUCUGUUCAUUCUUUUUCAUUUUCUUUGCUUGUACACCUCUAUUGGCUUUUAGCUAAAGUGCACAAACCAUGUGGUUGCGUGUACCUUAACUUUUUCAUGUAAAUAUUGGCAUUUUCUAUAAUACAACAUCAGAUGCAGUCUCGUUG